CUCUAAUACAUAUGUGAUAAUGACUGGCACCAAUAUUGUCCUUUAAUUGGCGUUCGGGUUUCAGACGAUUCAAGCCGCCAUUUGUUAAAAUUUUAGUUGCACAUUUUCUAAGAAAUUGAAAACAUAAAUUUUUCUAUAUCUAUUGUUUGAUAGAUAGUCAAAUCACUAUUAUAUAAUCAUAGGCGUCAUUCUAGCAUUUAAAAAACAUGCACACUCUACUCGCCUACGGUACAUUCGUACUUAGAAAUUGUAUAAUUUCUUUUGACUAAACUCAGUCUACAUAAUGGCAGUCGCAAAUACGAAGUUUGUCUCGAUUGUCAAGGUCUGUGGUCAAACAGUUUACCGAGAAAACCGGCAAACGUCAUAUUGUUCUAAAAAUAACACCGCUCCAUCAUGCAUUGGCAAACCUCUCUCAACGACAAUGUUUCAAUUUGAAAAUCAUAUUAUUUGCCAGUUUGUCUAAUGACAAUAGUGGUGUAUUAUGGGAUUAAUAAUGAAAAUUCUUUUAAGGCUUUAUUAAUGUAGUUUUAAAAAAUUAAAUGUCACUUUAAGUAACAAUAACGUUAUGUAUCAGAUAAGAGUAAGCAUUUAGAUAAUGACGUUGCUAUUUUUAGCGUAACCGGUCUUAUGUUCUUAACCGCUUCAUUAAAACAGAAACAAUCAGGUGAUAUGUGAUAGUUUAUCACAUUUAUUCAACUUGUGUGUUCACCGCUCCAUAUAGUGAAAUGCGUUUACUGAUAAUUAAGAUACUAAAACUAUGAAACCAGCAUAGAUUCGGUGCUAGUUAUAGCUGAAGAGACAUGGACUGACAACUAAGAUACUAAAAAAAUGAAACCCGAAGAAGAUUCGGCGACGCCAUUGCUAAAAAGAAGAUCACAAAACAGUUUAUCAGUGGAUUUUCCUUAUGUCCGAGCAUGGCUUGUUUCGGGGACAUUGGUCGUUUUUUAUGUAAUGGCAGCCUUUGCAAUAUUACCCGUAAUAUCUCAAUACGUGGUCCAUAGAAUUGAUAAUAGGACGAUUGAUAAUACUACAAGUUCGUGUGGAAAAGAUGACAGCCAUGAGCAGGAAAUACAAAAAGUAGCUUCAAGCCUAACUCUUUAUUAUUCUCUUGUUGGAGGGUCUGUUGCUGUCUUAACUAAUAUCUAUAUAGGACCACUCUCUGAUGCAGUAGGUAGAAAGACUAUAUUUCUUAUUCCUGCCUUGGGCAUCUUAGCUAAAGAUUUAAUCAUUACGUUCAUCGUUUACUAUAACCUAAAUUUGAAUUAUUUUUACUUGGCGUACGGAAUCGAUGGUUUGAGUGGAUCGUAUUUCGCUAUCUUUGUAGCAAUGUUUUCUUAUAGUGCGGAUGUGACAGUUCCUGGAAAUUCAAGAACUAUUGCCAUAACAAUCUUAGAAGGGUGCGUAGCUGUAGCGUCAUCAGCAGGACAACUCGCGACCGGAUUUCUUAUCAAAUUUGUUGGAUUUCUUUAUCCUGCUGUUAUGUUUGUCAGUCUUAGUGGUUUGAAUUUGGUGAUUGUGUUCUUUUUACUUCCUGAAACUGUUACCGUAAAAACGAAACCAAGCAUAUCACCCCUGAAAAAUAUAAAGAAAGUAUUUGGAUUUUACUUUUCGGGAGCAAGCAUUAUUAAAAGAUGCGCUUACCUGAUUGCAUUGGGUGUAUUUUUUUUCGGUGUCGUUACAAUUUUGGGACGAUCUACAUUAGAAACUAUAUAUCAGCUUGGGGAACCCUUUUGCUGGGACUCCAUCAAAAUUGGAUAUUACGGUUCAAUAAGAUUGACAGCCGCAUUUAUUUUUUCUAUCAUAGCGCUUAAGAUUUUACAAUAUUUUGUGAGGGAGGAGGUGAUCGGUAUAAUUAGUUGUUUAGCAUCUGUUUCCGGUUUCUUGUUAGAAGGAUUUGCAGACACCAGUUUAAUGAUGUAUUUAGUUCCUGUUGCGUCAUUAUUUGCAACCGCUGUUAUACCAAUAACCAGGGCAACCAUGUCUAAAAUGACAUUACCAUCUCAGCAAGGAGCAUUAUUUGCUAGUAUAGCUAUAGUAGAGGCUAUAGGUAAUAGUGCUUCUUAUACACUUUAUAAUUCUGUAUAUAAUGCAACUGUUGAGUACUAUAGAGGAAUUGUAUGGUUUGUGAUGGCUGGACUAGCUUUGGUAACUGCUGUGUUCUUAUUGACAUUUAUAUGGACAUCAAACAAAGGUAAUAUCUACCCAUGUUAUGAAGCAGAGCUUACAAUAAAUGACGACAACUACGGAAACUGCGAAGAUUUAGAUAAUGACCUAGCAUAAUAGUUCAAAAAUAGAUAAUGAAAAAUCAAUAUAUUGAAAAUUUCAUUCAAAUUACUUUAUUCUGGACGAAGUUAUGACUGUUUGAAGUCUCAAGUUAUGACAACCUAGACCAAGUCUCGAAAAUCCAUUUUAUCUUUAGAAUUUUAAAUCUCAUAGUUGUUUAAAUUGUUUAAAAUCACGGUCAUCCGAUUGUCUAGAAAGUUGCUUUUAGGCCUGUUAAUCGGUGGCUUUUUUUGGAGGAAUUGUGUUAAAAGUGUGAAUUAUUUCUUCAAAUUACGUGUUUUAUGUACAUGUAUUUCUAUGGAAUAUUCAGUAUUAAACAAGGAAUUACCGUAAAAUUUAGGGAUAAACUGUUUUAUUGCCUUCUAUAAUGGACUUAUUUUACGGAAGAAACGGUGGAAUGACCAGGAAUUUCCGUGAAAUUUAGGUAUAACAUGUUUUAUUCCAUUCUAUAAUGGACUUAAUUCUGUUAUUUUACGGGAUAAAGGUUGGAAUGAUCAGGAAUUUACGGACUAUUUCUGUUUGCAAAUGCAACGAUAAGUAAUCGUAUACAUAUAUAAUCAUUCCUUAUAAUUAUCAUGUUAUAGUAUUCAUUUCAAUUUUUUAACCAUAAUAUGAAGAAUCAUUAUUUUGUACAUUUUGGUAUAUUUUUGUAUAUCUAAUUUCCAUUAUUCAUAAGAUCUAUAAAGUAUAAUUGUUAUUCAUCAUAUGUUAAUCAGAUUGUGUGUUUUUUUAUAAAUGUAUAAAAAUGUGUUUUAUCUUUUAUCGCUGUGUGUGUUUAGGUUGUAUUAUCUGGUAUCACGCACGCUUAAAUCCGGAUAGUAU